CAUCUGAGUGAGUAGACGAGCUUCCAUUUCUGCCUGCCUGCAUGUAUCUGCUUCAAAAAUUUGUUUCAAAGCUGUCUGUCUAACUGUUUUAAUGCAGUCAACGGAAAAUGAAAACUUCUUGGCGCAUCUUCGUCGGUGAAGAUGGUUUUUCAAGCUAGAGUCUUCUGGUGAUAUGCAGAUCUUGAAGAUUUGUUGUUUUAAAAGUGAUUUGUGUUGUGGUAUUUCCAACUAAGAAGCGCCAAAAACAGGACUUGAAAGUGAUUUUGGCCUUCUGGGUCUUUGGAAAGAUUUUGCUACUAGGACUACUACAAGGCAAGCACAUCAAAGAUUCGGUGUUUCUGUAGGUUUUAAUAUCCUUCAGCUGUUUUUGGAAACAAGAACAAAAAAAAUUAACCCUCCAUUCUAUUUUAGAGUCGACUUUCAGAAAAAAAAACAUUCAAUUCAAGGAUUAAGAUGGAACCUCUAGUUUCAAGGCACCCUCUUCUCUUCUCAUUGUUAUACUUCACUGUUGUUUCUCUUCUUUGUCCAGUUAGAUCAGGCGAUGCUGAGGCCCUGUUAACCCUCAAAUCAGCCAUUGAUCCUUUAAAAUCCCUCCCAUGGCAACAUGGAACCAAUGUGUGCAAAUGGCAAGGUGUCAAAGAAUGCAAGAAUGGAAGGGUCACAAAGCUUGUUGUAGAGUACCAAAACCUGAGUGGUCCUCUGGAAGCCAAAAUCUUGAAUCAACUAGACCAACUUCGAGUCUUGAGUUUCAAAGGGAACUCACUUUCAGGCCAAAUCCCAAAUCUUUCUGGCCUUGUCAAUCUCAAAUCUCUCUUCCUUGACAGCAACAACUUCUCCGGUGAAUUCCCAGAUUCCAUUACAGGCCUACACCGUUUAAAAGUCAUAGUGUUAGCUCGAAACCAAAUCUCUGGUCCAAUCCCAGUGUCAAUCCUCAACCUCAGUCGUUUGUAUGCUCUUUACUUAGAAGAUAAUAACUUCACUGGAGCAAUUCCUCCUUUGAACCAAACCAGUCUAAGAUUCUUCAAUGUGUCUAACAAUAAACUCUCUGGUCAAAUUCCCGUGACCCCACCAUUGAUUAGGUUCAAUACACCCUCUUUCAUUGGUAAUCUCAAUCUUUGUGGUGUACAGAUUCAGAACCCUUGCAACGAUCUAAAUUUCGGACCAUCUUUAAGUCCAACCUAUCCAUCUUCAAAACCAACGUCCAAACGUAGCAAGACAAUCAAGAUUGUAGCAGCAACUGCUGGUGGGUUUGUGUUUCUUAUAACUUGUCUGCUUUUGGUAUGCUGUUUUUGUUUCAAGAAUGGCAACAAGAAAGAAGGGCCAUCAAUGGUAGAAGAGAGAAACAAAGGGGUUGUCGGGGUUGAGAGGGGAGGAGAAGCAUCAGGAGGUGUAGGUGGUAUGGAUGGUAAUAAUGGUGGAAGACAAGGGGGGUUUUCGUGGGAGAGUGAGGGUUUAGGGAGUUUGGUGUUCUUGGGUGCAGGGGAUCAGCAGAUGAGCUACAGCUUGGAGGAUUUAUUGAAGGCGUCAGCGGAGACUUUGGGGAGGGGUACUAUAGGGAGUACCUACAAAGCUGUGAUGGAGUCUGGGUUCAUCGUGACCGUCAAAAGGUUAAAAGAUGCAAGAUAUCCUAGGCUCGAGGAGUUUAGGAGACACAUGGACUUACUUGGUAGGCUCAGGCAUCCCAGCUUAGUCCCACUUAGAGCUUAUUUCCAGGCCAAGGAGGAAAGGCUAAUUGUAUAUGAUUAUUUCCCCAACGGCAGUCUCUUUUCUCUCCUCCACGGAACUAGAACUUCAGGUGGUGGGAAGCCACUUCACUGGACUUCGUGUCUCAAAAUAGCUGAGGACUUGGCAACUGGACUGCUCUAUAUCCACCAGAACCCUGGGUUAACCCAUGGGAAUUUGAAAUCCUCCAAUGUCCUCUUAGGCCCUGAAUUUGAGUCCUGCCUUACUGACUAUGGUCUGACCAUGUUCCAAAAUCCAGACUCACUGGAGGAACCCAGUGCCACUUCUCUGUUCUACCGAGCCCCCGAGAUCCGAGACGUACGAAAACCAUCCACCCAACCAGCUGAUGUAUACAGCUUUGGCGUACUCCUAUUGGAACUUCUUACUGGCAAGACUCCCUUCCAGGACCUUGUUCAAGAGCAUGGUCCAGAUAUUCCUAGGUGGGUUCGAUCAGUACGUGAGGAAGAGACUGAGUCCGGAGAUGACCCUGCCUCGGGUAAUGAGGCAGCAGAGGAGAAACUCCAGGCUCUUGUAAACAUUGCAAUGGCCUGUGUCUCACUCACACCAGAUAACCGGCCGUCAAUGAGGGAUGUCUUGAGGAUGAUCAGAGAUGCAAGGGCAGAGGCUCGAGUUUCAUCUAAUAGCAGUGACCAUUCACCUGGAAGAUGGUCAGACACCGUUCAGAGCUUGCCUAGAGAAGAACAUUUGAGCAUUUGAGCGGUUAGUAAACAUGGCGGCUUCAUUUUGGAAAAACAUGUAUUCUUGAAUCUUCAACUAGGCAUUUGUAGAGUACAAUCUUGUAAAGUUUCCCGUCUUCAAUAUUUGGUUUAGUUAGCUUGCGGCCAUAGAAGUUCUUAAGUUACAUAAUGUGCUCUUUGACAUUUGUUGAAGGGGUUGUUGAGGAUGGUGAUAGGAUAGUAACUGUCCUGUUCAGCUGGGCAGAUUUUAUUACCAAUGUUUUCUAUUCCCAUGGUCAUGAAAGGUUGUAUUUUGAAGAGCGAUUACUUCACUUUGACGAUAGAUACUGUUUGGUUACCACCUAAUUCUUUCUUGAAUGGAAUCACAAUUCACUCCA